GCGAUGACACGGCGCAUGGCGGCGGCAGGCAGCAAAGGGCGCUUUCACAAUCUCUCGACGUCGCUGUCGACUGCAUACCACGACUCACAUUCCUCGCGCCAUCUUCUCGCCCCUCUGAAAGUCGUACUUGCUGUCGAAUCCACCGAUUCCCCAAGACUUGAUCCCGCCAUCACAGCGACAUUCGAUGCAGACAUAGCGCCGCUGCCACAAGACUACCAACGACUCCGCCCACUCGGCCGACACGAUGAGCGCUCCUCCGCCAGGCGUGAGCCCUGCCUCUCGACAGCCCUCGACCACUCCCAACAACGGCCAAGGCACUGUCCGCCGCAGAAAGCCCACCGGCCCAUUCGCGCCCAAGCCCAGCCGCACUCAAGCAAAGCGUCCUCCCGCUCCUCCGCCGCAGAAGCUCACCGGCACCACCAAACCCCUCGCUGCAACUACUGCCAGCGCCCAGUCACAACCCGAGCCUGAGGAUGACCCCUCUCUUUACGAGGAGUUCCCACUCCUCACGACAAAGAAGGCUGUUCUCGAAGGUCUUCGCUAUCACGCCAUGAAGUUCAUCGCAGACAACGAGAUCAACCCAUACGACAAAACCCAGUUUGAGCGCCCUGUAAAACUUCAUCGCCGCUUCCCUCGUGAUACACCCAAUGCGCCCACCGAUGCCAAUCCGGAGGAUGACAAGGAGCGCGAGAAGGAGGUUAUCCGUAAGGCGGAAAAGGCCGCAGAAAGAGAGGCAACCCAGGCUCAGAUUGCCCCUACCGACAAGGCCGCAGCUGCAAAGAAGCGCCAACCUUUCAAGAAGAAGACCGAGGACGUGUACUAUCUCACAGACACUCCCGAUACACAGAAGCGCGCCAGGUUGCGCUACGAGGAAGGCCGUCCCUGGCAUCUCGAGGACUUUGAGAACAAAAACAUCUGGAUCGGUACAUACGAGGAACCUCUCUCGGAAUCGAACGUCAUGUUUCUGCUAUCGAAUGGUUGUUUUAAGAUGGUCCCGAUCGAGAAGUGGUAUCGCUUCAAUCCUACGGGACGAUUCAAGAUCAUGCCUCUCAUAGAGGCCGAGGCACGUAUGGCAAGGAACGAGAAGGAUCCGAGAUGGUUCUUGGACAACGACAAAACCGCCGGCCAAAGGCGUGCCGAGCUUGAGAGACAAGCCCGUUUGACCAGAGGUAGAGUGGGUAUGCGAGGAGAGAAUCGCAUCAAGAACGAGGAUGACGACGACGACGACAGAGAGGAUCUCGCUGAUGACGUUGACGAGCUGGACUUUGAAGCCGAGGAUGAGUUCCAAGACGAUGACGAGGGCAAACUAUUUGGAGAUGAUGAAGACGAGGCCAAAGAAGCCGCAUCUAAAAUCAAGAAAGAACGACACGGCGCUAACAUCUUUGCUGGUACUGGUGUCAAAGAUGAAAAAGACUGGGACAAAGAGGAAGAACGCGAGAAGGCACAGGAGCGAGCAGAGAGGAAAAAGGCAAAGAAGCUGCGCAAGAAGCUUGUCAAAAUUGAGAAGAACUACGAAUAUGAUACCGACGAGAGCGAUAACCCAUACUCAGAAGACGAAUCGGAAGACUCGGACACGGAGCGCCUACGUGAGGAGGAAGAGCGUAAGAAGGAUGAAGAGCUCAAGGCAAAUGGCGAGAAACCUGCAUCGCAGAUGUCUACCAACGCCAACACUCCUUCGGGUCGUGCUGAAAAGCAUGCUGGUAGCCUUCAACCUAAGCCUUCCAUGUCCAACCUCAAGCGUCCUGGUUCUCCCAACCUGUCAGAGACCAGUGGCAGCGAGUCUAUCAAUCGCAAGCGCAUGAAGAAGCAACACGGUUCCGGUGCUGGAUCGCCCAUGGGACGUCUCGCCGGCUCAGGUAGCGAUACCGAAACUGAGCGACGUGCCCGGCCCAUGACCCUGAACCCUAGAUCCACCCCCGGAUCGCCCGGCGCCGCGACUCCCAUCGGCUCGCGCGCCGGCAGUCCCGUGCCUAUGCCUACUGCCGACGAAGUCAAGGCCGCUAUCCCUCCUGCUGGCAUAACCAUUUCAGACCUCAUUAGAAGAUUCAAAGAACGAGUGCCAAAGGAGAACAACAAGGACUUCAUCAAGUUGGUCUCGAGCGUAGCCAGAGCAAUGCCUGGCGGUCAGGGUCUCGUCGGUCUCCGAUAGAUAGUCCUCGAGACCCGAGCACAAUCACAGAGAGCCCUUUGGUCAUGGGUCCAGAGGAAUGAUGGGACUGAUAGCGACAGACUGUGGUCAGGUACUUUAGCAUUCAUCUCUUUCAGGAUGUCCACUCCUUAUCUCUUUCAUUGGCGGGCUUGUAAUGAUAUAAAGAAAGCAUUGACACUCGUAUACUCGUACUCUAAUUGCAUGUCGUUGAUCUUGGCUAGAUCGAUUUGGCCCGGGAUUGCCGUAUCUUUUUGUCGCUCGUGCUUGUUGAAAGUGGACCCUUUAUGAUCGUCAGGGUAAAAUAAUGCAUUGUACA